CCUCUGACCUCUAACCCUCUCCCACAGGCCCACCUGAAGCCACAGCACCUGUCAGUAUUCUGCCAUCUGACUUCUGACCCCCGGGCGCAGUACUACUGUCGGGAGGUGAGGCGGAGAGCAGCAGGACGGACCAACAGGACCCGGGUACGCAACCAACGCUACGCUGCCCUCAGGGAGCUGCAGAGGGAGGGCCAGUACUUCAGUGAGGACCAGAUGAGAAGCCGGGAGCCCCUACUGUAUGAGCAAUACAUCGGCCAAUACCUGACAGAGGAGGAGCUGCUACAUCGCUCCCUCGAGGCCAUGCAGGGAGGAGCAGGGGAGGAGCGGGGGCCGGGGGGAGCAGAAGGGGGGCUGGCCCACCUCCUCCUCACCUCCUACCAGGAGAGACUGAUCCAGAGCCGGCUGCAGGAGGAGCAGGACAGGGAGGAGAACGCACUGGAGGAGGAGGAGGGGAGGAGGGUAAGACACAGCAUCACCAGACAUCACGUCUCUGUGUCUCAUGAUCACGUCUCUGUGUCUCAUGGUGGAGGGUUGGGGGCAGAGGGCUAUGAGCCAACACCCCAGGAGAAAGCUCUGCUCAGGGACGAGUUCAUCACUCAGAUGUACCAACGCUUCCUGGACGGACACGACAAAGACUUUAACUACAGUGAAGUGGACGGGAACCCCGACUACGACAACCUGGACAUCGUCAACAGAGAUGCAGAGGAGAAGUACUUCGAUGAGGAUGAAGAGGAGGAGGAGGAGGAGGAGGAGGAGGAAGAGGAGGACAUGACUAUAGAUGUGUCCUGACAGCAGCUGCCAUCGGACUGUAAAUAGUCUGUAAUAACUAUACUAUGUAAUGUUUCUACUCUGUUUAUUCUCCUGAAGAGGAGGAGGAGGACAUGACUAUAGAUGUGUCCUGAUAGCAGCUGUCAUUGGACUGUAAAUAGUCUGUAAUAACUAUACUAUGUAAUGUUUCUACUCUGUUUAUUCUCCUGAAGAGGAGGAGGAGGACAUGACUAUAGAUGUGUCCUGAUAGCAGCUGUCAUUGGACUGUAAAUAGUCUGUAAUAACUAUACUAUGUAAUGUUUCUACUCUGUUUAUUCUCCUGAAGAGGAGGAGGAGGAGGAGGAAGAGGAGGACAUGACUAUAGAUGUGUCCUGAUAGCAGCUGUCAUCGGACUGUAAAUAGUCUGUAAUAACUAUACUAUGUAAUGUUUCUACUCUGUUUAUUCUCCUGAAGAGGAGGAGGAAGAGGAGGACAUGACUAUAGAUGUGUCCUGAUAGCAGCUGUCAUUGGACUGUAAAUAGUCUGUAAUAACUAUACUAUGUAAUGUUUCUACUCUGUUUAUUCUCCUCACAUUCAUUUAAUAUUCAGUUGUUUAGCAAUAAAUCAUGUGUGUUUACGUA